AUGUGCUCCUUGGGAAACGCCGUAUCAAAUUACAAGACCAACGCUGAAAAUCUCCUGAACAAGGGGCAGUCCUUGAAAGAUUUCGUCCACCGAUUUGACGAGGUCAAUAUCAUGCUCGAGGGCGAGGCCACUACCACAGGUUCUCAAGGGAAGAUAGCGACUGGCAAGCCUGGGAAUGUCAUCUUCUUUCCAAAGGGCAAGUCGUUUACCUUGGAUAACCCCGACUACAUCAUGGCCUUCAUCGUUAACCAGAGGCCAUCGCUCGACGCUUCCAAUGUAUAA